GAGAUUCCUCGAAUCAGUCAUUUUAUGGAGUAAUCAUUUUUUCCUUCUGUCGUUUCUCCCCUCGUUUCUUUCCUCGGCAGCGACUCCCUUUGAUCUAGAGAGAAGAGAGAGAGAGAGAGUCGAUCUGAAGGGCGAACGAUGCUGCUGUCCGUGGAGUCUCUCCUCCUCCUUCCUUCCCCCUUCCUCGCCAGGAGGCCCUUCAUUUGCCUCCGCCAUCGCCGCGAUGCGCCUCUCCUAGCUCGCCGUCGGCGUCGGUUCCUCGAUCUGGCAGGCUCAGGAACGGCUAGGUCGGCUUCUUCCUUGGGGCGAAUUGGGGCCCUGACGGCCAAUUCUCUACCGCAAAGUAAUGAUGUUUAUACAGUAAGUGAUUUCAUGACCAAAAAGGAAGAUCUUCAUAUUGUGAAGCCUAACACUUCGGUGGAUAAAGCACUGCAGAUGUUAGUGGAGAACAGGAUUACAGGAUUUCCUGUGAUUGAUGAUGAUUGGAAGUUGGUUGGUGUCGUUUCAGAUUAUGAUUUGUUAGCACUUGAUUCAAUUUCAGGCAGUGGACUAACUGACACAAGCAUGUUUCCUGAGGUUGAUAGUACGUGGAAAACAUUCAAUGAAAUCCAGAAGCUACUCAAUAAAACUAAUGGUAGAAUUAUUGGAGAUGUGAUGACUCCCGCUCCUCUUGUAGUUCAGGAAACAACCAACCUUGAAGAUGCUGCAAGGUUACUACUUGAAACAAAAUAUCGCAGACUUCCAGUCAUCGACAAUGACGGUAAAUUGGUUGGCCUCAUUACGAGGGGAAAUGUAGUUCGAGCAGCACUCCAAAUAAAGCGUGACAUUGAGAAAAAUUCAGAGUCUAAGAUUUAAAUCUCAUGAAUGAGAUUGUUCAUGUCGCAGCUAUUACUUUGACUUAGAAUAGGAAAUAUUUUGAGCAAUGGUAAAAAAGUACAGGAGGAGAAAUCAUUUGCUAUAUCGACUGCCUAGUUUAUUGAGAACAGAGUUAUAUUGAUUUGCA